CACGAGCAUUGGACGACGUACUGCACUACAACGACACCUCGGUCACCAAAUCCUCGAACAUUAUAACGUUCUCUUUGCUUAGAAACGCAUCGGAUGCUCUUAUGCUGCCUAUCCCGUUGCACUCCCACUUUCAUCUCGUAAACACGGGAACCAGCUCUUCAGCACUUCACCUGGCCUACCACCUCCGAGCCGCGUCUAACUAAACCCGACCGUCUCGACACCGCGACUCUGCCCCCGGCAAACACGACUCAUCCACUUGAGAAUGGCAACUGUAUGCCUGAGACCAAUACCGAAGCAAUGUUGGUUUGACAAGAACGCCACCCUUAGCAGAAAAGCCAUGAGUCUAUGCCACCUCGACAAAUCAUCCCCUGGGGAUGAUUUGUCAAACAUGGAAUCGGGACCGUGGUCUCGUACCAUACCACAUGCGUCUCUGGAGACUUUCGAUGUUUUUUAGACACUCAAUUACGCCAGAUACCCAGCGAUUCUCCCCCAGUCGACAGGGAAAAUACCGGAACUGCAUCAAAAUUGGUGCUUUCCAUGGUCCUUUCAUCGUCCAAAGUCUGGGGGCGCAGCAACUCGUAUGUCUUCGGACGAAGCCAUGAGAGACAGACAACGUUACGAGCUGGUCUUCGACCCCUCCGUCAUAUACGGAUGCCGAGAUUCUUGCGGUCGGUCUUUGUUCUUCGCAUCACCGCGGAAGAGCCGUCUCUCCGACACACAGCGAGAGUAGAGGAUUUCGCGAGAAACCUGGCAAUGCAGCAUACAGGUAUGCUCGGAUCCCAACGAACAUGCAACCAUGACAAAUUCAUGAUACAGCGAAAUCCAACACCCCAUCCAUCACCAAGUCAAGGGCUAGGCAUCACUCAAACAAACAAGCGCGGAUUGCGACCCAUUGACGCCGCAAGAUCCUCACCUGUGUCUCCAAGGCGGAGCCAAGUGGCCUGCACAGCCCUCAGAACAAGCAUAUCCGACGAUCGGCGCCGUCCUGAUUUGGUUAUUCUUGCUUUCUCAUGCGGAUUUGCCGGCAGAUCCCCCUCAGUUCUUACCCACAUUACUGGGGGACUUCCUUUACGAAUAGAGCUACAAGGGGAAACGGCCGUGCGUGUGUUGACGAAACAUGGGAAUUCCUCCAACCUUCCGAAUUCGUGCUUCUCUGCCCAGACUUUCGCCAAGGACUGUCAGUCGCCCUGUCGAAGGCUUGUUACAACUUGACUCUAGACGACAUGCUGUCGCCGAGCUUUCAUCCCGCCUACUGCUCCUGCCAAGCCAUGUCAGUCACGGCUGGUAAUGUCAUUAACGUCGCUCGAAUGACGGAUCGAAGAUGGUUCUGAAUUUCUUGCCAUGCCAAUCCAUGGUCGCAAUGACACAUCGCAGAGAGCCGCUCCAGCUUCGCCAUUGAGAAAGGCGCCACCAUCUAAGCAUAUCCGGUUUCUUCCCCAAAACCGAAACAGGGGCAGCGGUUCUCUGAAAUCUCUACGUAUCCGCAGCACUACCUGAUGUGCCUCGGGUUCCAACGAGAACCCGCAGCGAGUCGGUCUGUGUCUACCUGUGUCGAGAGAUCCGGGCGGGGACCUUUCCCCAAGAGGGCAUAGGCUUGCCGCUCUUCAGUAGUCGUGGAAAUAUGAAAUGGAGACAUUAGCGGCGCCCAUUUGCGUCGUUCCGAGGCUUCCUAAACACACGCAGGCACACUUCGUCCGCACAUUCGCCGUCUUCUGCCCGUCUCAACCUCUUGUAGAAUCAGUCAGCGGUGCAUCUGGCCCUUGCUCACUCGCCCCGGCCAACAGCAGCCUCACACGCCUCGCGUUUGAGGAUCGACACCAUCCUGGCGCCGUUCACAAAUCUUUUACGGCAUGGCAUGGGAUGGUCCCUGCUCUUCUCAGGAACGCUCCCGCUGCUAAACCUUGUCCAACGACAUCGUCAUUCUCGUCGACGCCGAGCCCAAACAACCGUGAAGAUCGUUAGACCUUGCCGUACCACCCCUGGGAGAAGAUCUCGUUGCUCCCCCACAACCGCGAUUUUCAAUGAUCUACCAAUCGGAGCCUAGAUCACCAUUGGCUUGUUCAUGCAUGAUCCAUAGUGGCCGUCUUUGCCGGAGGAACAGCAGGCGAGCUGACUCCCGGCGCGGCGUUUCCCUCCACCAGGGCAUCGCUCAAGACCCGCCAGCCCCUUUGAAACGGCUGCAAGCCAAUCGCAUCUUCGCAAGAGUCGUCCUCGACGAUGGCACGCACAGCCUACAUCGUCUAGUCGUCAGAUAAGUGCUUCAACUGAUCUUUUGCUAGGAAGUCGGGAUUCGGGAACAGGACGCUUCAUUCAGGAGCACGCAACGGCCGCGAUCCCUGGCGUCGACUCCUAAGAACCGAGCCCGUGGGUUGCCAAGACCCAUCAGAUGCCUUUCAAGACUGUCCAGAAUCUGUCAUCCAGAGUAUCGACAAACUCGUAUAAGAAUCACUCGCAUGUCCCGUCAAACUUUCGUCUUCUUCUCUUAUCAGCAUCUCAUCUUCUCUUCAGCCUUCCUUCAUCUGCCUUUCUUUCCCGACACGAGCCCGGAGCUCAUCGACGGCCUUUUACACAAUAAUAAUCACUCAACCUUUUAGUUUAGAUUCAAAUUUUGACCAGUCUUUCCAACCGCCAAAAUGAAGUACGCCUCCUCCGUCCUCCUCGCGGCUUUCGCUGCCACCAAUGUCUUCGCCCACGGCGUCAUCGACAGUGUUCAGGGUGCCAAUGGUGUCACUCUUCCCGGCCUCUCCUUGAUUGAUGGAACACCUCGCGACUGCGCUUCUCCCCGCUGCGGCUCUGAGGCCGACACCUCUAUCAUCCGUGACCGCGAGCUCGGCACCAACCGCGCCUCUGCCCUCGGCCGCACCCAGGGCGGCGGUCCUGUCGACGCCGCCGCGAUGGUCCAGACCUUCAUGAACGGCGCUGGCGGCAACACGACCGCGGUCCAGCAGGCUCGCGCAGUCCACGAGGCCAACAUGGCUCGUCGCAACGUCAACAUCGGCGCCCGCCAGAACGGCAAGGGUAGCAAGACGCCCAAGGGCACCGCCGAGACUGGCGUCAAGGCCGCCACCGGUAUGGCUGCCAGCCAGGGCAUGCCCACGACCGCCGACGACGGCACCAUCAAGAUGACCUUCCACCAGGUCAACCAGGACGGCGCCGGCCCCCUCAAGGCCGACGUCGACGGCACCUCCGGCGGUACCGACCCCAGCGCCUUCAAGCCUGCUGAGGUCACCCAGAACGUCCCCGGCAUCGGCUUCGGCGGUCUCUCGGGCGCCUCUACCAUGGACUUUAACGUUGCCGUCAAGAUGCCCGCCGGCAUGACAUGCGAGGCCAACGUCGGCGGUGCCAGCAACGUCUGCAUUGCUCGUCUGCGCAACGCGGCCCUCGCCGGUCCCUUUGGAGGCUCCGUCGCCUUCACACAGUCCGCAACCGCCCGCAAGCGCGCCGUCGAGUUCAAGCUCCGCAAGCGCACCGAGGCUCGCGCUUUCAAGGCCUAGACAUAGCUCCGCCAACCGGCGGGGGAGCAUUAGGGGAAUAGUCGACGAAACUACGACGCGGCAGAGUGAUCUCUUGUUUCUUCUUUUUUUAUUACUUUUUCCGGCCUCGUUCAUCGAUGGGCCGCGUGUUCACUCUCAUUUAUCGUUCUGUUCUUUUGAUUUACAUGAUAUCCUGUGGAUACGUUUGGGGAGAUAUCCUUGUGUAUAAUCCUGCUGUAUAGGUAGCGUCUCGAUGAAACCACAAUGCUUUGUGGCUC